AUGGCGUUGACUGUGACAGCUCCACUGGCGCCAUGUCUAUACACCGAGGCGCGUCUGAACAUCGAGCCGACUUACGCCAAUUCCACCCUACACAUCCCCACUGAAGGACAAUCCUCCUUCUUCUCGCGCAAACGCUCAAGAAGCAAUGAUACCCUGGCUGAUGCCGACGAAGAGUCGUACGCGAAACGACACCUUGCUACCGAGUCGUCCAUCUUCUUUCGUCGCCAGAACAGAAACCCGCGAUGCUUCCUCUGGCGCGUGCUCGAAGAAGGAAAACUGCUACACAUUCAGAGUGUCGAUCUGAUCCAGGCCCGCAGAAACACCCAAGAGAGCGUUAUAACCUUCGCCUUGAGCUUCGCCAACCCCAUCCGACCCAAUGGUGUCGCCUUUGCCGAUGCUGUCGAGCGCGACGCCCUCGAAGUCUUCGUCCUGACCACUUCCAACGAACUUUUUACCUUUACUCUACGCAAAGACCUUCUCCUACGUGGCUCACUACCCUCGGCUGCCGACUUCGAUCCCAACAGUUGCUUCAAAGUACAUCAGUCACCUUCGUUCAGCUUCCGAUCUCCCUACAAGCUCGUCGCUCUUAGUUCGAUGGACUUGCUUGUUUCUCUCAGCGACGGUGGCUUGUUACGUCUUUCAAGAAGCGUUGGUCAGGGCUCUGGAUCAUGGCAUGAAACUUCGUUCAGCGAACCUGGCUGGGGGUCAUCCUUCAAAACUUUCUUCUCCAUGAGAGGCCACAACACGAUCAAAUUCAACGGCAUGGACCUUGAGCCCUCUACCGCUGCUGCAAUCGCCUUGUCGCCAGACACAACACAUGUCUUUACCGUAUGCCUCGAUCACACUUUGAAGGCCUGGAAUACCCAGACCGGGAAAUUGGGAGUGCAAACAGAUCUCCUGAAUGAGAACGACAAGGAAUUACAGUCUGGCUCGCCUCAGUUCUUGAUGAGUCCUGCUCAAGGAACGCUCCUUAGACUUCUCCAAGUCGAUGGAAGUCCCGAUGGCGACAUGUACUACGCUGUCACGAACUCACCAAAAGACCAUCAAUUCAAGUUCUGGGCAGUCAUGGAUCCCGACGAUGUCGAAUUGGGUAUCCGCGACGUUCAACCAGACACCAAAUUGAUCCCCCCUCUUGACGAACUGAUGAACACAAACGCUUGGCAACUUGUCGAAUAUCACGUCCGUCCUUCGAAAGGCUGGCGCAACACUCAGCUUUGGAUCAGAAUCUUCACUUUGACCUUCGAUCUGCUUGCCGGACCUGAGGAUCUCGAGGAUGCAUGGCGCAACAAUUGGGCCUUUGUCGACGAUGGAUCCCUUACCAUCGAGGCUUUGAUGGCUGACCCCUCGUACCCAGGAGAUGCCGAUAUCCAACUUUUGGUAGAAGACUGUUCCAGUCUAAGCGACCGUUGGCUUGACUUUUUCUUCUAUCCCGGCAGAUUUAGUGUGCCUAUGUUGGAAAGCGCAUUGCACAUCUAUAAGAAGGGCUUGAAACUCUCGACUGAAUCAUCUCGAUCGACCAAGGAAAGCCCGCUUAAAGGAAGAAUAUGCGAUGCCAUCGCUGCCAAGAUCACUGUUGACCAGGAUGCUGAAGGCCAGCUAGAUUUUGACAAGUACCAGUCCGAAAUUGCUGCACAAUGGCAUGUGUUCUUUGGUCUCGUGCGACAUCUCCAUACUAGACGUGGCGAUUCUCUCUCUUUGGCAUUCGACAUGGACACCGACCUUGCCUGGUCAGUCAGAGCGGAUCAAGUCGGCCCUGUGAGACAAUGUAGCGAAGCUGAGGUUAUGAACCUCAACAAAGAUGUCUUCCUUACUCAAGAAGACUCUUUCAUUGUCAACUCUAUGCCCCUUGCCGAUCAUCUGACCGAUGAGAACAGCGCACUCUUCGUGACUGCAAGUGCUGCGGAUGCUCUUAGAAUCGGUAUCAAUGAUACGACCCCCAAUGGCACCCAAGACAAGCACCUCGAGGACUUGCGGCAACUCUACGAAAUAUGCGCUCUUCAUACAGAGGUCUCAGACGAAGAUUUCAACCAGUUAACAGACUCGAUGCAAGAUCUUGGGGGUCUUGGUGAUCUGGAUAAUGAGCUCUUCUACGCUGCUCUCGAACGCCUUAUUGAACCUGAACAGGGUGCUGAUGGAGACCAGGCGCUCACUCGUUACGGAGACAAAGCAACGAUUCGUGGCGCACAGGACACUCUUACCAUGACAAGGGACAUCAUUCUCGACCUUCUAGCCUUAGUGGUCUUCAUGGCUGGCGAUCUCGAGGAGGAUGAACUUUCGCCUGAGUUCAGACCCUCAGAAUUAUACGAGCAGCUGGUAGUGAAGCUCAAAGAGCACAACGUCCUGCUUUGGCUUGCUAGCAAUGUCCGAGAGGAGCCGUCAAAGAAGGCCAAGGACGCCGCCGACAGUCCCGUAUCUAAGAACAACAAAUCUCUGUCUCAUCCUACUCUGACAGUGCUUGAAAGCAUCUUCAUCGGAGACUGGCACAGCUUGCGAUUCCCAGCUUCAGAAGCUCUUCCGUUCCUCAUCACCUACUGGUGCCGUGCGUGGACAUAUGGGGCUAAUAUUUCCAAUGCCUACAACGAUGUCGUCUUGUAUGUUUUGGGCAACCUCCUAAAGCAUCAGGACUACGAUCUAGCUGCAGAUUUCCUCAGAUUCGUGUCCGAGGGACCCUGGGCCUCCUAUCUCCGAGGCAGACUCAAUCUUGCAGUUGGAAAAUAUGCCCUGGCCGCCGAGUAUUUCAAGCAAGCAGCCGAGAAGCUUGCUGAGAAGAACCUCAAGAUCGACGGACUGGAUACAUCAAACCUGAUUGAUCCCCAAGCCCGUAACUUUUUCAACGAUGGGUUGCCCCGUUACUAUUUGCACAUUUCAUACCUGUUUGAGCGCAGUCGACUGCACGCAUACACGGCCGACUUUGCUUCCCUCGCUGCUCAGGAAUUCGCAGUAAAUUUCGAGAACUUCGACGAUAAUUCAUUGAUCGAUCUCGACACGCGCAAGCAGGGAAUGCACAGUAGUCCGGCAGCUACAAAGGUCAACUUGGCGAUGGAAGAGAUCAAGCUGUUGCGCGUGCGCGAGCUGAAGGAAGACAUUCUGACACGCGUGUUCAAUGCUUCAUUGCAGAUUUGUCGGUACAAGCCUGCCUUUGAUGCUUUGCUUGUGUUCGGCAACCCUGUGCUACGCAAGACGUCACUUCAGGCUUUGCUACAGUCGCUCAUUGCGACCAACAGAAUGAGCACCCUUCUUUCUCUGCCGUUCCCAGAGUACCUCCUUCCCGAGGUUGACGAUAUACUGCUGUCAUUGGCACGCAAGCAUCUGUCCUUCUCACCGACACCCACACCUGGGCAACCUCAAUACCAUCAAGUCAUGUACACAUGGCGUAUUCACAACAACGAUUUCCGUGGAGCUGCCGAGAUACUGUUUGAGCGUCUGCAGCGCCUCAGACACAGCACGGCCAAGGUAUUUGAGCCCGACGACGAGACAUUGGUCGAGGCGUACUUGGUCCUGAUCAACACGCUCGCAUGCUGCGGCAAGGACGAGGGUUGGAUUCUUGCAGAAAGGUUCGAGGAGGAUUACCAGCGUGGCAAGAGCGUGUCAGCCAGUCACGGCAAGAAGCGCAGAAUUGUCACGCUGGAAGAUGUGCGCAAGGAGUAUCAAGCAGAGCUGGACCGCAGAAGCGAGAUGCAGCAAGGCAGAUUCGCGCUGACCACAAGUGAUGAGAUGGAUAUGUUCUGA